AUGGAGAGCAGCAUCGGCGUCCGGAUGGAGGAGCAGCUGGACAACAUUGCUCGUGCGCUCGAGGAGUUCAAGGAGCAUCAAAAUUUCAGCCAAAAGAUGGUCUCGAUGACGGCGAUCCGAUGGACGACGGUGUUGACGUCCCCCGGCAUGUCCUCUGCGCCCGCCCACAAGAGGCGUUCUCUGCCACAGAACAACGGCGGCAUCGCGGCUGCCGACAAGAACCGCGCAAAGGGAUCUCGUCCCAACACGGCGGGUGCUGGUGCGGAGGAGCACAUCGUCCAUUCGGACCCUCUGCCCUCCCCUGCGGCCGACCGCACCGGUUCCUUGCUGAUGUGUCCGCGGGCUAAUGCGCCGCCGAUCGCUAAAGAGUCGAGCGGCCCCUCGGCUUUGGGCAAUCGGGAUGCUGCACCUCUUGCCAACAAUGACGACGACGCGGGCGUCAAGGGGGCGCAGGAGUUUCUAUCCUUCCUCAAAACCAUGGAUUGCAGUUCUGAUGCUGCUCUGCUGCGAUUGAGGGGCUACGUCGAGGGCCGGUUGUCCUUUGAGCUCGCUCUGUGCCUGAGCACGGAGAUGGGCGGCCACGUGCAGUACUACCUCAAGGUGGGCGGGCAGCUGAGCACCAUCAUCGGCGCGGACCCCAAGGAGCGGCCGCAGCAGCCCAAGGCCGACGAGGAGCAGGCCGACAAGCUCAACAUGGAGUGUGCCCUCGGCGAGAAGCGGAUCCAGAGCGCGGCGACCAUGCACCCCGACCACCAGCCCGUCUACCUGUCUGGCUAUCUGAUGCCUCUUGGCGAGGUGUUCGUCGCGCAUCGGUUGUCCAAACAGCCGCAGGAGGUGGGGUCGACCAACUUCUUUGUCCUGAUGGAGGCCGCCUCUGCCAAGAAGAGCUUGUGGAUGGUGUGCCGGUACGAGAAGCUGGUGCGGCGCAAGGACGGCACCAACUGGGGCACGGUCGCGGGGGUAACCACCGGGAAUACCGUCUGCUUGCUGGACGACAUCAAAGAGUGGAGGAACCCCACCGAGGGCAUGAUUGACAUGGGCCCUUUGGCCGAGGCACUGCCGGACGGCGGGAGCAACGUUCUCCAGCCUGUCUUCUACACCUCGGUGCUUACCUGCGGUUAG